AAACAAAAUGAAGAUUUGAUUAAAUUUUUACAAGGUUCUCUGCAUAUCCCAAGAAAAAAAAGACAAAGGAUAAAUGUUUCACACCCCCAAAUCCCUCAGGACUCUGUAAAUCCCCAAAUCCAAACGCAUAGAGAGAUAAAGAGAUAGAAAUAGAGAGAGGGAGAGCGGAACCGGAGUUAGAUUACAAUGCCGGUUUUCAAAACCCCAUUCAACGGCUACUCCGUCAAGUUCAGCCCCUUCUACGAGUCACGCCUCGCCGUCGCCACCUCCCAAAACUUCGGCAUCCUCGGCAACGGCCGCCUCCACGUCAUCGACCUCUCCCCCGCCGCCCCUGGCCCCACCCCCAUCACCGAGCUCGUCUCCUUCGACACCGCCGACGGCGUCUACGACGUCGCCUGGUCCGAGUCCCACGACUCCCUCCUCGUCGCCGCCAUCGCCGACGGCUCCGUCAAGCUCUACGACCUCGCCCUCCCGCCCACCUCCAACCCCCUCCGCUCCCUCCACGAGCACACUCGCGAGGUCAGCUCCGCCGACUACAACCCCACGCGCCGCGACUCGUUCCUCACCGCCUCCUGGGACGACACCGUCAAGCUCUGGACCGUCGACCGCCCCGCCUCCGUCCGCACCUUCAAGGAGCACGCCUACUGCGUCUACUCCGCCGUCUGGAACCCCCGCCACGCCGACGUCUUCGCCUCCGCCUCCGGCGACUGCACCGCACGCGUCUGGGACGUGCGUGAGCCCGGAUCCACCAUGAUCAUCCCGGCGCACGAGUUCGAGAUCCUCUCCUGCGAUUGGAACAAGUACGACGACUGCGUCAUCGCCACCGCCUCCGUCGACAAAUCGAUCAAGGUCUGGGACGUCAGGUCCAUCCGAGCGCCGAUCUCGGUGCUCAACGGCCACGGCUACGCCGUCAGAAAAGUCAAAUUCUCGCCGCACCGGCAGAGCCUCAUGAUGUCGUGCUCGUACGACAUGUCGGUUUGCCUGUGGGAUUACAUGGUGGAGGAUGCGCUGGUGGGGCGGUACGACCACCACUCGGAGUUCGCCGUCGGAAUCGAUAUGAGCGUUUUGGUGGAGGGACUUCUUGCCAGCACCGGUUGGGAUGAGCUUGUCUAUGUUUGGCAGCACGGUACUGACCCCAGAGCGCCUUGAAAACCAGAAGUUAGUCCUUUUUUCUUUUUUUUCUUUUUUUUCUUUAUACUAGUUCUUGAAUUGUGAAAUGUGAUUGCUCCAAUGCUGUGUUACUGAAUAAAGAUCAUAUAUUGGAACUUGUAUAGCAAAUUGAAUGAACUAUAAGGUUAGUUUUCAAUGAGAAAUGAGAUUGCUUCUUUGGUCA